CUCUCUUUUUUUGACGUUUAAAAACCUUAACCAAAAACAUCUUGAUAACAUAACCCCACUUUUACCUAAAAAUUCCUGCAAUGAGUUGUAAAUUACAAAAGUUUAAAUUGUUAUCUGGCAACGAAAUACCUGCUAUCGGAUUUGGAACAUUUCAAAUUCGUGGAAAGCAAAAAAUAACGGAAGUUUUAGAAUUAGCUUUAACAUCUGGCUAUCGAUUAAUUGAUACAGCAGCUGUUUAUGGCAAUGAACAGCAUAUAGGUAGUGCAUUAAAAACAUUACUGCCCAAGUACAAACUGAAAAGGGAAGAUAUUUUCAUUACUUCAAAACUGUCUCCAAGCGAUCAAGGACCUAAUGCUUUGGCAGCUUUGAAAACAUCAAUAGAGAACUUACAGUGUGAUUAUUUGGAUUUAUAUUUAAUACAUUGGCCCGGUGUUUCGGGCAUUCAGGCUGAAAGUAGUGAUAAUUUUAAACUAAGAAAUCAAAGUUGGGCUUCACUGGUUAAAGGCGUUCAUCAGGGACUAGUUAAAGAUAUAGGAGUUUCAAAUUAUACUGUUAAACAUCUAAAAGAACUUUUUGAAAACUCAUAUGGUAUUAAACCAGCUGUUAAUCAAGUUGAAUGGCAUCCUCAUUAUCAGACAAAAGAGUUGAAGAAGUUAUGUGAUAGAGAAGGAAUAGUUUUACAAGCAUAUUCAUCUUUAGGUGGUUCAAAUAACACACAAUUGCUGGCAGAACCUAUUAUAAAGUCAGUUUCUUUGAAAUUAAAUAAAAGUCCUGCCCAGAUCCUUUUACGGUGGGCACUUCAGCAAAAUAUUGCUAUAAUUCCGAAGGCAUCUAAUGCAGAACGUAUCAAAGAAAAUAUCAACCUCGACUUUGAAAUACCUGCUGCAGACAUGUCUGCUAUUUUAGAUUUAAAUAAAAAAAGAAAAUAUGCAUGGGAUCCUGAAAUUAUUUAUUAAUAACAAUAAUUCGCAAUGGGGGAACUUUUGUAUGAAAAAAUCGCCCAAAAUAGCUAUAAGCAUUUUAAUGCCUUGCCUAAAACUGGAAAACCUA